UGCCCACCAGCUCCCCACCUGCCCCAGCAUCCCCUGCGCGGGGAAGCUGGGUGCCUCGGGGAGUCUGGCGACCAUGCCACCUCCUCUCCUUCUCUUCCUCCUCUUCCUCACCCCCAUGGGAGUGAGGCCCCAGAAAUCACAGCUGGUGGAGGCUAAAGAGGGAGGCAGUGCUGUGCUGCCGUGCCUCAAGGAUUCCUCAGAUGCCCUCCCCGAUCAGCUGGCCCAGUAUCAGGAGUGCCAGGCAGCAUCCCCGUUACAGCUGAACCAAGGGCUGCCAGGCCUGGGCAUCCAGGUGGGGCGCCUGGGCAUCCUGCUGCUCAUCUCCAACAUCUCUGACCAGAUGGGGGGCUUCUACCUGUGCCAACAAGGGCCCCCUUCCGAGCAGGCCUGGCAGCCUGGCUGGACAGUCAGCGUGAAGGACAGUGGGGAGCUGUUCCGGUGGAAGGCUUCAAACCUAGAUGACCCAGACUGUGACCUGGGGAACAGGUCCUCAGAGCAUCCCAGGACUUCUGGUCGUCUCACAAGCUCUCAGCUGUAUGUCUGGACCAAAGACCACCCUGAGAUUUGGGAGACAGACCCUGCAUGUGACCCACCUAAGGGGAAUCCAAACCACAGCCUCAACCAAGACCUCACAGUGACCCGUGGCUCCACACUCUGUCUGCACUGUGAGGUGCCUUAUGCUUCCGUGGCCAGAGGACCCAUCUCCUGGAUCCACGUGCAUCCCAAAAAGCCCAACAUCUCAUUGCUGAGCCUAAACCUGAGUGAGGAUGCUCCCAUCAGAGAGAUGUGGGUCCUGGACACCCUCAGAGGAGGGGCUGUUCUGUGGCUGCGUCAGGCCAGAGCUCGAGAUGCUGGGGCCUAUCAUUGUUACCAUGGCAACACGACCAUUAGGAUGCAGCUGAAAGUCACUGCCCAGUCAGCAGUACGGCAAUGGCUGCUGGAGACUGGUGGCUGGAGAGUCCCUGCUGUGACUUUAGUUUACCUGAUCUUCUGCAUGGGUUCCGUGGCGGGCUUUCUUUAUCUUCAAAGAGUCCAGGUCCUGAGGAGGAAAAGAAAGCGAAUGACUGACUCCGCCAGAAGGUUCUUCAAAGUGGCGCCGCCCCCGGGGAGCGGGGCGCAGAGCCAGUACGGGAACGUGCUCUCCGUCUCCACGCCCGCCGCCGGCGCGGGACGCUCCCUGCGAUGGGCUGCGGGCCGGGGAGCCGCCGUCCAGUCCUUCGGAAACCCCUACCACGACGUCCCGGAGGCCGGAGCUGCGGGGCCUCGGAGCCCGACGGGCGCUGGUCCAGAAGAAGGGGAGGCCUAUGAGGAGCCGGACAGCGAGGAUGGCUCCCAGUGCUACGAGAAUGACUCCAACCUUGGGCAGGACCAGCUCUCCCAGGAUGGUAGCGGCUAUGAGGACCCUGAGGACGGGCCCGUGGGUCCUGAGGAUGACGACUCCUUCUCCAAUGCAUCUGAGUCCUAUGAGAACGAAGAUGAAGAGCUGGCCCAGCCAGUGGCCAGGACAAAAGACUUCCUGAGCCCCCAUGGGACAGCCUGGGACCCCAGCCGGGAGGCAACAUCCCUUGGGUCCCAGUCCUAUGAGGAUAUGAGAGGGAUCCUGUAUGCAGCCCCCCAGCUCCGCUCCCUUCGGGCCCAACCUGGUCCCAAUCAUGAGGAAGAUGCAGAUUCUUAUGAGAACAUGGAUAACCCUGAUGGGCCAGAACCAGCAUGGGGAGGAGAGGCCCACAUGGGGACCUGGAGCACCCGCUGAAUUCCCUUCAACCUGGGCCUCCUCAGGCUCCUGAGAUCCACGCCUGACUCUGAAAUCUGAGAACCCAAAGCGGACGAUGUCAACCUCCGGCGACAUUGCUCAGGAUGUGUGUAUCUGUGUGUGUUUGUGUACACAAGUGAAACUUCCAGUCCCCUUUGCACUGCCCAAAUAAACUCCACGAGCUGUUCCGAU